CGCGCGCGGCUGAACCGUCGCCCUUGGGAGGCCAUGGGCGGGGAUGGCGCGGUCAAGGCGCUGGAGCUGUUGCGGUCGCUGCCCCGGGUCAGCUUGGCCAACCUAAGGCCUAGCGCAGGCUCCAAGAAACCGGAGAAAAGACGUGGUCGUGGAAGAUACAGAGGCAGAAAAUGUGGUCGAGGUCACAAAGGACAAAGACAAAGAGGAAAUCGCCCUCGAUUAGGCUUUGAGGGUGGACAAACUCCCUUUUAUUUGGUCAUACCAAAAUAUGGAUUUAAUGAGGGACAUAGCCUCAGACGUCAGUAUCAACCACUCAGCCUUCAGAGGCUGCAGUACCUGAUUGAUUUGGGCAGAGUUGACCCCACACAACCGAUUGACUUAACACAGCUCACUAAUGCCAGAGGUGUAACAGUACAACCUCUCAAAAGGGAUUAUGGUGUCCAGCUGGUGGAAGAAGGUGCUGAUAUUUUUUCAGCAAAAAUAAACAUUGAAGUACAAAGGGCAUCUGAAUUAGCAAUUGCUGCCAUUGAAAAAAAUGGAGGUGUUGUUACAACAUCCUUCUACGAUCCAAGGAGUCUGGAAAUUUUAUGUAAGCCAGUAGUAUUUUUUUUGCGUGGCCAGCCUAUUCCAAAGCGAAUGCUUCCACCUGAAGAUCUAGUCCGUUACUACACAGAUGCCAGGAAUCGUGGGUAUCUGGCAGAUCCAUGUAAGGUUACAGAAGCCAGGCUUGAACUUGCCAAGAAAUAUGGUUAUGUCUUACCUGACAUAACUAAGGAUGAACUCUUCCAAAUGUUAAGCACGCGCAAGGAUCCUAGACAGAUUUUUUUUGGUCUUGCUCCAGGAUGGGUUGUAAACAUGACUGACAAGAAAAUCCUGAAGCCAACUGAUGAGAGGCUGCUGAAAUACUAUAGCUCAUGAAUUCAGGGUUGGAGACAACUGCAGGUGUACAGGAAACAUCUGGGUAUGAAAUAAUGGCUACAAAGUGGGUUUUUCUUUUUUUUUUUUUUUUCUUUUUUUUUUGACUUCUGUUGUACUAGACAAAACAAAUUUUUAUGUAAUCUACUGAUAUAGCUGUCAUUUUUUUUUGUUGUCAUAACACAAUGUAAUGAAAAGUCUUAACUUUGGAAACAGUGUAGAGUCUGAUAUGAAUAAAGUGUGUAUUUGAGCACUUUC